AUGACUACAAUGGAUUUGCGUGUCGGCAAUAAGUAUCGCAUCGGUCGGAAGAUUGGCUCCGGAUCUUUCGGUGAUAUUUACCUGGGCACGAAUAUCAUCUCGGGUGAGGAGAUUGCCAUCAAGCUCGAGUCCGUCAAGGCCAAGCACCCUCAGCUUGAGUAUGAGGCUCGAGUCUACAAGUCUCUUGCCGGCGGCGUUGGUAUCCCUUUUGUUCGUUGGUUCGGAACGGAAUGUGACUACAAUGCGAUGGUAUUGGAUUUGCUGGGUCCCAGUUUGGAAGACCUCUUCAACUUCUGCAACCGAAAGUUCUCCUUGAAGACGGUUCUCUUGCUCGCGGACCAGUUGAUUUCCCGUAUCGAGUACAUCCACGCCAAGUCCUUCAUCCACCGCGACAUCAAGCCCGACAACUUUUUGAUGGGCAUCGGCAAGCGAGGAAACCAGGUCAAUGUCAUCGACUUUGGUUUGGCCAAGAAAUACCGGGACCCCAAGACUCACUUCCAUAUCCCCUAUCGUGAGAACAAGAAUUUGACGGGCACGGCUCGAUACGCGUCGAUUAACACUCAUCUUGGCGUUGAACAAUCUCGUCGGGAUGACAUGGAGUCGCUGGGCUAUGUGAUGUUGUACUUCUGCCGCGGGUCGCUUCCUUGGCAGGGUCUUAAGGCCGCUACUAAGAAGCAGAAAUACGACCGUAUUAUGGAGAAGAAGAUGACGACGCCGACUGAGGUCCUGUGCCGCGGAUUCCCCAAUGAAUUCGCCAUCUACCUCAACUACACUCGUUCUCUCCGGUUCGAUGAUAAGCCUGACUACAGCUAUCUCCGGAAAAUAUUCCGCGAUCUCUUCGUUCGUGAAGGGUUCCAGUACGAUUAUGUCUUUGACUGGACCGUUUACAAGUAUCAGAAGAAUGCGCAAGCCAUUGCCCAGGCUGCUGGUCAGGGCCAGGGUGAGGAGGACGACAAAGGCCGACGAGCUAACGCCGCGACCGCCGGACAGACACCUCAGGCCGUUGCAGUCAAGCCCAACGCCAUCCCAAGCUCUCGCCGCAAGGUGAUCGAGCGCGGCGCACCCGGCGUUGACACUCCAGAAACAAACCGCGCCGUCGGGGGAAGCGACAGGAUGCUGCGAUCAGCUUCCAAAGGUCAAGGCGUUGGCUCAGGAUACGCCUCCGGAUCGUACCGACCGAAAUGAUUCCUGGUCAUUGCUACCCUGGUCUCACUCGUUGCGUUGUGGCGGGCGUAACAGUUGCGUAGCCCGCACCACGGAGAAACAAACCCGGCAAUCGUGGAAGCCUCCUUCGCCCCCACCUCCGUAUUGGCCCGAAAGAACAAGAGAUCCAAUACCGGACCUACGCCAAGUAUCACACCGGAUAGAGGACCACGC